AUGCCUGCAACGCUUCUCGACCUCCUCUCGAACUCCCUAGUCCUGCACCAUACCGCACCCUACCUUCCCGUAGCAGCCACCCUCGCGCUUUCGCGCACGUCCAAGUCCUUCCGAGACCUUGUAUUACACACGCCCGAUGUCUUCAGAUACCUCGACCUGUCGACGGUCAAGUCGGCCGUCGUACCCUAUACGCCUAUCGAUAUCGGGGGAAACAACUGGCGCGCUGAACGCAUGGACGAGGCGCUCACCGAGGAUGAAUUCUACUCCGGACCCCUCCGCGGCAUCUUCUCCAAACUCGAGCGCAGGCAUCUCCUGAGGAACGUGCAGACGCUGGUCCUGGACGGUCUGAGCGUGCCGGCAGAUCUGGUGCGGGAGAUUAUCGCUGAGGAUCGCUACAGCGUUAGAGUGCUCUCUAUCCGUGACGUCAAGAAUCUGAACGAGAGAAAGCUUCGGCAAGCGCUGAACUACGCCGUGAGGCCGUCGAGACCCGAGGGGACACCAAGGCUCAAGGCACUGUAUGUUUUCGGCCCUCGAGACUCAACGCCUGCAGAGGGUCCCCCAAAGCCAACAAGGUCUCCACCGAGAAUUCCAACCCCCUCUGGAGUCACAACAUCGCAGGGUGCGCAGAUUGGCGCGGAGUGGAACGAGAAGUCCGCCCAAGCGCUCACCGCUGCCCUCGCGCGGACUACGGACAAGUGGUAUCAGCCGGCCGGCCGUAUCUUCUCCAAACGUCCCUCCUACGACUGGGCAGACACCCUGCAGGCUUGCGAAGGCAUCAUUUACUUUGAUGCCGUCCUCUGCCGCGGCCCACGCCACUCCGCUCCGGCCUCCUCUACCUCGCCAGCCUACGCCUAUCCGACUCAACCGCAGACCUAUCUUCGUCCCGCUGUCGCAAGCAUCGCCCUCGGAUCCGCUGGGUGCGCGACCUGCGGCUCCUGUCCCGAAACCCCCGCAGUCUUCGGCCAGUCGCCUCUAACUCAUCUACCGCUUCUAAGCCCACCACCCCUUCACGCCUCCACUAUCCGCGCGGCCCAACUGCCUGCAACCCUCGACGGUUCCCCGCCGCCUCGGCUGAUUGUCAGAUGCGAGGACUGCCUCCGUGGGCGAUGGUGCGAGCGCUGCAAUAAGUGGUGGGACGAGGACUGCUACCAGGGCCUACCAAACUCGACACGCACGGAACUGCAGCAGCAGGAGGCUAUUGAGAAUAUGAUGGCGCAGCUGGAUAGCAGCUACAAGCGCGAUGUCAAGGUACAUAUGGGUCUCUGUAUUGAAAAGUGCUAUGUCAGCGAGAUGAUGGCUGUUACCGACGGCAUGUGGGGUUGA